AAGCGGCACGUACUGGAUGUGUCCGCGGCCGCUGUCGAGUAUAAGCUGGCUGUCGCGAGCCAGACUCAGUCACACACAUAGAGGCAGGUGUGUGUGGGUGUGUGUCCAGCAGCAGGUCGGACAAAUCCUGCAGCAUUUUGGAUUAUUUUAAAAAAUAAUUAUUUAUAGAUAUAUAUAUAUAACACCGCCAUUAUGUUGUGGACGGCAAGUCAAGUCUUCAGGAAAUUCUCCACCUCCUCCAAUUACUACCAGAAGAAGCUGAAGCUGGCUAUAAUCGGCCAGAGCCUGUUCGGCCAGGAGGUGUACAGCAACCUGAGGAAGCAGGGUCACAAGGUGGUUGGCGUGUUCACGGUGCCCGACAAGGACGGCAAGGCCGACCCCCUGGCGGUGGCCGCCGAGAAGGACGGGACGCCGGUGUUCAAGUUCCCGCGGUGGCGGCUCAAGGGGAAGCCCAUCCCGGAGGUGGUGGACGCCUACAAGGCGGUGGGCGCCGAGCUCAACGUCAUGCCCUUCUGCUCCCAGUUCAUCCCCAUGAACGUCAUCGACGAGCCCGAGCAUGGCUCCAUCAUCUACCACCCCUCCAUCCUGCCGCUGCACAGGGGAGCGUCUGCCAUCAACUGGACCCUGAUCCACGGCGAUAAAAAAGCUGGAUUAACAGUGUUCUGGGCCGACGCCGGCCUGGACACCGGGCCGGUCCUGCUGCAGAGGGAGUGUGCAGUGGAGCCCAACGACACCGUGGACGCCCUCUACAACCGCUUCCUCUUCCCAGAGGGCAUCAAGGCCAUGGUGGAGUCGGUGCAGCUCAUUGCUGACGGGAAGGCCCCUCGGAUCCCCCAGACGGAGGACGGAGCGAGCUACGAGGGCAUUCAGAAGAAGUCCAACUCCAAGGUCAACCUGGCCCAGCCGGCCAAGGCCAUCCACGACUGGAUCCGCGGCCACGACAAAGUUCCCGGAGCCUGGACUGUCGUCGACGGUCAGUCUGUGACCCUGUACGGCUCGUCCAUGCUGGGGGGGUCUGCGCCCGCCGGGCAGCCUCUGGAGAUCGAGGGGGCGUCCCAACCCGGCCUGGUCACCAAGAACGGCCUUGUGCUGUACGGAAGUGAUGGGAAAGCCCUCCUGGUGAAGAGCAUGCAGUUCGAAGACGGGAAGAUGAUCCCCGCCUCUAAAUACUUCUCCUCUGGGGAAAGCUCCAGCGUGGAGCUGACCGAUGAUGAAAAGAAGAUGGCGGAGGAGAUCAGGAACAUCUGGAAAGGCAUCCUCAGCAAUGUCCCGGCCGUCGAGGACGCCACAGACUUCUUCAAGUGCGGAGCCGCCUCCAUGGAUGUCGUCAGGCUGGUGGAGGAGGUGAAGCAGAAGUGCGCCGGCAUCCAGCUGCAGAGCGAGGACGUGUACAUGGCCACCACCUUCCAGGACUUCAUCCAGAUGUUCGUCCGCAAGCUGAGAGGCGAGGACCAGGAGGAGGAGCUGGUCAUCGCAUACGCAACGAAAGAAGUGAACAACAUGACGCUAAAGAUGCCGACCCAGUGCUUCAUCAACGGAAGGUUUGAGGACGCCGAAGACGGAAAAGUCUACAACACCAUCAACCCCACGGACGGAUCAGUGAUCUGCAAGGUGUCCUACGCCUCGGUGGGCGAUGUGGACCGGGCGGUGGCGGCCGCCAAAGAAGCCUUUGACAGUGGCCCGUGGGGCCGCAUGAACCCCAGAGACAGAGGGAGUCUGCUCUACAAGCUGGCAGACCUGAUGGAGGAGCACCAGGAGGAGCUGGCCACCAUCGAGACCAUAGACUCUGGAGCUGUGUACACGCUGGCCCUCAAGACCCACGUGGGCAUGUCUAUCCAGACCUUCCGAUACUUUGCCGGCUGGUGCGACAAGAUCCACGGCAAGACGAUCCCCAUCAACCAGGCCAGGCCCAAUCGCAACCUGACCUUCACCCGGAGAGAGCCUCUAGGUGUGUGUGCCAUCAUCAUCCCGUGGAACUACCCGCUCAUGAUGCUGGCGUGGAAGAGCGCCGCCUGCCUCGCCGCGGGAAACACGCUCGUUCUUAAACCCGCGCAGGUCACCCCGUUGACUGCGCUAAAGUUCGCCGAGCUGUCGGUGAAAGCCGGCAUUCCCAAAGGAGUCGUGAACAUUUUGCCGGGCUCAGGUGGAAUGGUGGGUCAGCGUCUGUCCGACCACCCGGACAUCCGCAAGCUGGGCUUCACGGGCUCCACGCCGAUCGGCAAACAGAUCAUGAAGAGCUGUGCGCUCAGCAACCUGAAGAAGGUUUCCCUGGAGCUGGGGGGGAAGUCGCCCCUCAUCAUCUUCGCUGACUGCGACAUGGACAAGGCAGUUCGCAUGGGAAUGAGCUCCGUGUACUUCAACAAGGGGGAGAACUGCAUCGCCGCCGGACGUCUGUUCGUGGAGGAGUCCGUUCAUGAUGACUUCAUCAGCCGAGUGUUGAAAGAGCUGAAGAAAAUGAAGAUUGGAGAUCCAUUGGAUCGCUCCACGGACCAUGGACCGCAGAACCACAAAGCCCACCUGGUCAAGCUGCUGGAGUACUGCGAGGUCGGCCUGAAGGAGGGAGCGACGCUGGUGUACGGCGGGAAGCAAGUGGACAGGCCAGGUUUUUUCAUGGAGCCCACGGUGUUCACUAACGUAGAAGACCACAUGUUCCUCGCCAAAGAAGAGUCCUUCGGCCCCAUCAUGGUGGUGUCCAAAUUCAAAGAUGGCGACGUGGACGGCGUGCUGCGAAGAGCCAACGACACCGAGUACGCCCUGGCCUCGGGCGUGUUCACCCGCGACAUCAACAAGGCCAUGUACGUGAGCGAGCGGCUGGACGCCGGCACGGUGUUCGUCAACACCUACAACAAGACCGACGUGGCGGCGCCUUUCGGGGGCUUCAAACAGUCUGGCUUCGGCAAAGACCUUGGAGAAGAUGCUCUCUUGGAAUACCUCAAGACCAAAGUAGUGACUGUGGAGUACUGAGGCCCGGACCCUCCCAACGAACUCUGACCGACAUCUGAACAGGAAGGGAUUUGUGUACGUGUGUGCGCUGUGUGAAUGUAUGUAUGUGUGUGUGUUUGAUGGAUGAGAGCCACAGUUUGGACCACGUGCCUGUUUUUUUUCUUGGCUUUCCAUGUCAACAAAAAAAUAUAUAUGUAUUUAUAUAUAAUAAUAAUCACAUCAUGGCCAGCGGACACAUGUGGUUUACACCCGUCUGUGUAUUCUACACAUAGACCCCUGGUGCAGGCCGAGCUGGUUCUAACCAUUGUCAAGGUUUCGGUUCCAUAAGAGUGUUUUACGUUAAAACACAAUUUUUCAACCUGAAUCCUGCUUUCCCGUUGUCAUCAAUAAUGCCGAUCCGUUUUGUUAAAAAAAAAUUAGGAAAUCAUCUGAAAUCCGGCCUUUCUCAUUCACAUCAUUACUUUCACGUCUUUGUUUCUUCUUGAACAGCAUUUGUUCAGUUCGUACCCGAAAAUCAUUGAUUGACAUCAUGGAAAAACAGGAUUUGGGUCAAAAAGUCAAGAGUUAAAUUUGAAUCGUUAAUCCACAUAAAAGCAGUUCUUUUUUUUAUUUAAAGGUUUUGAUACCGCAUUAUGGUUUUUGUGUUGUGAUUUUGUGGUCUAAUUCUAACUGUAGUUAGUCAUUUUAAGCCCAGCUGUGAUGUUCCUAAACCUAACUCAGAAGUUUUGUUGCUGAAACCGUACUUUGGUUUUUAAAUGAAAUGUUGUCCCGAAAAGGUCAAAGGUGUUCCGAAUGACAUGAUAGGAUAAAAACCAAUAGAUUGCAUUUCAUGACUAUUUUGCAGUGUUGACAGUUGUCAUCAUCAGAUCAUUGUUCAAUAUUCAAUGCAAUCAAAAGCAAGGGAAGAAUCCAUUCGGUCAAAGAGCGUCUUAAAGGUACAGUGUUUAGGAUUUAAUGGCCUCUAGUGAUGAGGUUGCAGACUGCCACUCACCCUUUCCUUUCUGUGUCAGAACUACAGUGACCCUCAGGUACGUUCUGAAGAGGACCUGCUUCCUAUGUAGCUAUGAAGAGCUCAUGCUAAGCUAACGAAACCGCGAUUCUUAGUUUCAGGUGAUUUCACCUGAAUGAAAAGUUAUGUUUCUGCUGAUAGAUCCCCUUUAACGUUACACCUCGACAUCACUGCAUCAAGGUGAGAAGCUUAACCUCUGGAUGUCAGAAAGGUGUUCAGGGGGUGUUGCUGUCUAAUGUUUCAAUAGACUAUUUUUAAGCUAAAGCAUGAACUUUCACAAACACAUUAAAAACAAACUGGUGGAGGACAGAAGGGAUUGUUGACGCUCUUUAAUCCUUUAUUGAUUAAUUAAAGUCUUAAUGAGGACAGCCUCCUCGUUAGGUAGAUUGUACCUAUGUAGGAAUUGAUGCUGUUAGGAAUGGGUUCCUUUUAUUUGAAGUCUGAACUUUGGGUCAGAAAUAUUCUUCAUCAGUAUUACAUUGCCAUGACAUCAAGCUAUUUUCUUCUUCUCCCCUCUCAAAAACUCCAGAUGUUUAAAUCAUAUCUGCUCCCUCGUCACUUUAGACAUUCAUUCUCUUCCCUUUUGGUAAAUUUGACUUUUUUCUUUUUGUAAAUCUUUAUUUUAUUUUAUGGAGGGCAAAUGAUUUGAUAUAUAUUCUGUCAGACAGACGAAGACUGUGUUAAACUACAUUAUAUUAGUUAAAGACACAGCAGCUACAUGUUUAAAAAAAAAAGGGAUCAUCUACAGCAACAUGGCUGUUUAUUAAAUACAUCUAUAAUAUUUAAAAAUAUUUCGUAUUGCUUCCACAACUGAAGUGUCCUUGCUGUGUACUCGGGUCAGAACUGCAUCCAGUAGCAGGUCUGUUAUUCAGGGCGGCGGUCUAAUAUCCUCAUAAAGCUGUAAAUCUGACCAUCAGAAUUGAGUAUUCAACAAAGCUGUGUAAUAAGCAUCUGUGAAGAAGUUGUGAAAUUAGUUUUUUUCUUUUUCUUUUCUGUGCCACAUUAUCAGUAGAGGCAGCAAGGGCUAAGAAGCUUUUUGGUUUUGUUUCCUCAACUUUUGUGAAAGAGGAUCUGUCCCUCAAUGAACAGCAUGUCUUCAGCCAGUAACGUCAUACAUAAAUAAAGUUUGAUUUGAAUUUGA